AUUUAAAAGCGCUGGAGUUUUCAAAAAUUCAAACUUUAAUUUUUGGAAAAAGGAACGAUUCAUUAAAUUCAUUAUAUAUGCAACGCACCGACCUCUAGAUGAUGAAUGCUUGCUAUCAGCACAACUUUUGCAUUUUUUUUGUAAUUCAUUAAUGGCACACGUUUCCGACAGAUUGCUUAGCUUAUUGCGAUGCAAAAUAAACACCGUAUAAAAUCAUGAAAAUUGCAUUUGGAGGAGAAGUUCUCAUAAGAUGAAGUGUGUAAUUCUGGUUGUCUCAAUUCUUUUUGUUCUGUAUGUUUAUUCUGAUGCUGCUUGCUGGGGAGCAACAGGAAAUGGACGCGAUUGUGAGUAUAAUGGAUCUAUCAUAGCACGGAAUACAACGUAUGAAAACACAACAGGUCCAAAGUGUUACACGUGUUCAUGUCUUAGUACUGGAGAUUUGGAUUGUUGUGACAUUGGAACCGUUAUAAUAGAACUCCCAGAUACCUGCAAAAUAAUACAGGAAGGAUGUGACCAGGUAGCUGUCAGUGAAGUCGACGAAAGUCAGCCCUGUGAAGGACCGAUAUCGGCUGUAGAAGGAUAAAAUAUAGAUUUUUUAAAAAUAUAAUUCAGUUUGAUACAAAAUGUCUCCAAAAUAUGUAUCAUAAUUCGUUUGGAAAUUUUUUUGUCGGCUGAUCGAGGGAUUAUUGUCUUGUUUGGUCCAUCGAUAAACAAAUACCAGUAGUCAUUUUUCAGUUGAGACAGUUUUUCCUAAAAUUACAUGUUAUCUCGUUUGGUCCAUCGAUAAAUA